GAGAGCCAGACCGACGACUAUGGGCGAGUGGCGGCCAGUUGCAGAUUUGCCAUGUUCCACUUUCUCUCGCUCGUGGCGUCUGGCUUGUACGUCAUUGGUCUCUCGGACGCUGCGUGCAAUGCGUCCAAGUACACGCUCACACCGUUCGCGGGCGCCGGCACGAAAGGCUUUGCCGACGGCCCGCGCCUCGCCGCGCUCUUUGCCGAGCCGCAGGGCCUCGCGUUUGACGGCCAUGACCUCUUCGUCGCCGACACGAGCAGCAACCGCAUUCGCCGCGUCUCGGCCACGGACGUCUCGACGCUGCCAAGUGUGCUGCGGCAGCCGCGCAGCGUCACGACCGAUGCGCGGUACGGCGUCGUCGUCGCCGACUAUGGCAACCACAUGCUGCGCGCGCUCAACGGCUCGGACGCGGUUGACCUCGCCGGCACGCUCGGCCUCGGACCCGGGUUCGCCGACGGCCCCGCGGCGUCCGCGCAGUUUCACAAUCCUUCGGGCGUCGCUGUCGCCCGCGAUGGCGCCAUCUACGUCGCCGACUCGUCCAACAACCGCAUCCGCAAGCUCUCGGCGGACCGGUCGACGGUGACGACGGUCGCUGGCAGCGCGACGUCCGGCGACGACGACGGCAACGCAGCCACGUUCAAUGUCCCGACGGACCUCGUGCUGCACCGAAACGCGCUGUACAUCACGGACCUCAACAACCACGCGAUUCGACUGCUCGACCUGUCGACCAACGAGAUCUCGACCUUGGACUUUGAUGCAGAGCUUAAGUACCCCCAUGGCAUUGCGUGCGACAGCUGCGGCAAUUUGUACGUAGCCGACACGUACAACAACCGUGUGCUCAAGAUCGACCCGGUCUCGGGCGCCGUCGUCGUGCUCGGCGACGUCGAGAGUCCCGUCGGUGUCGCCGUCAGCGCCAAGGACGGCAGCGUCUACGUGUCGAGCCCGUCGCUGCAGCAAAUUCUGCGCCUUGCCCCGUCUGCAUAAUUUAGUCGUUUUGUCUCGUUUCAAAAGUCGUGUUGAUAUUGUCAUCUUGUCCAA